AUGAAGGGCAGGCUGGCAGACCUCAAGCGGGCGAACGUGCGGCAGCUGAUCGUCCCCCUGCCGGCGCCGGACGGCGGCGAGGGGGAGUGCGAGUGCCAGGUGGAUCUCUGCGUCAGCGGCAACUGGCGCGGGGUCUAUUCGUUCUUCGAUGCGCGCCCGGUCAUCAGGGCGUCCCAGGCCACGUACCCCAAGACUCUUGGCGAUGCCAUCCUGGGCCGCAAGAGGACGACACUCAAGCGCCUUGCAAGGCUGUACGUGUUCGCGCAGGCACGUCUGGGACCCACGACCGCCGCCGAGUACAAGGCUGCCCUGGACGAGGUCGCUCGAGACGCCGAGUGGGCAGAUGUCGAGGCCUUGCUGAAGCAGCAGCAGCAGCAGCAGCAGCAGCAGCAGCAGCCGCCCGAAGCUGCGGGAGCGGAGGAGGCAGGCCAGGAGCAGCAGCCGCCCGAAGCUGCGGGAGCGGCGGCGGCGGGCCAGGAGCAGCGGCCGCCCGCAGCUGCGGCAGCAGAGGAGGCAGGCCAGCAGCCGCCCGAAGCUGCGGGAGCGGCAGCGGCAGACCAGCAGCAGCCGCCUGCAGCUGCAGAGGCGGCGGCUGCGACCGCAGAGGCGGAUGCGGGAGCGGCGGCGGCAGACCGGGAGCAGCAGCCGGCGGUUGCCGCGCUGCUGGCUACGGCUGCGACAGCGGCGCCGCCCGCAGCUCCCGAUGCGGCGGCGGUAGACCAGGCAGCGGGCCGGAUGCGGGCGGAGGCGGCCGGCGCAGGUGGCCCGGCGGGGUCCGGCCAGGCGCGGUCGAGCGGUCUGGGUCACCAGGAGGCGCCAGGCGAGAGCCGGAAGCGGGGGCGCAAGGACGAGGCCGGUCUCGGCGACGGCGACGGCGACGGCGGCAGCGGCAGCGGCAGCGGCGGCGGCGUCGGGGGCGCCGGCGCUGGCGUGGCGGGCGGCGCUCAGGUGGGGCAGCAGUGUCGGGCAGAGGAGCUGAUCCGCCGCCCCGGGAGGACACGCAUGGAGAUCGACGACGACGGCGGCGGUGCGGCGGCGCAAGACGGAGCGGGCUCGCUCCAACUACAAGUCGACAAACUCUUGGGGCCGGCCACACAGGUGGAACGGACCGUCAUCAACGCGCUGAUGCACCGCCGGUUCCGGCACACCGUCGUCCUGCCCCACCAGCGCGCGCGAGACGGGACCACCGAGGCCGUUGCGAAGGCCCUCAUGCUCCAGCAGCUGGGUGGCGAGGGCAGGAUCGCCGCCAUCUGCCGCCGCGCACCUGGCGCCGCCGCGGGCCAGCUGGUGGAGGCCUUCAACCAGGUGCGCAGAGCGCCGACCGAGCGGCAGGGGGCCAGGAUGCCCGGCGCGGCGCAGUCACGGCUCGGCGGGACCUGA